AUUCUGCUAACUUGGAAGGGGUGAGACCAUGAGAAUGAGAUUAUAGUGAGCUUGUGACUCUCUCUAGUCUCUACAUGACUACAUCUAUAUAGAGGCUUUGAAUCUCUAACCUGCAACUUAGAAGAUAUGAGGGGAACAGGAAGAAGCAUGCUCACUCUAUCAAUCUCCUCCAACCUCAUUUCUCACUCCCUCUUUUCAUCAUCCAAAUCUUACCCACUUCGAAAACUCACUUUUCCACACAGGGUUUUACUAGGGUUUAGGCCUCUCUGCUCUUCCACCACCAUUGUUGAAGCAGAAGAACUCUCAAACCCAUCAAAACAAUCAAUUCUUCUUGAAAGAUUAAGGGUUAGACACCUCAAAGAUGGUCUUAAAACCCCAGAAUUCAAAACCUUACCUUCUAAAUCAUCUUCAAAUUUGGUUAAUAAUGGAGAAAGUGCUAAUAAAAUAUCAAAUAAAAAGGGUUUGGCUUCAAAUUUUGGGGAAUUGGGUUUGAGUGAAGAGGUUAUGGGUGCUUUGGAAGAAAUGGGUAUAUCUGUUCCCACUGAAAUUCAGUGUGUUGGUAUUCCAGCUGUUCUCGAAAGAAAUAGUGUGGUUUUGGGGUCUCAUACUGGGUCUGGCAAGACUUUGGCUUACAUGCUUCCUAUAGUUCAGCUUUUGAGGCGGGACGAAGAUAACUCAGGCAUUGUAAUAAAGCCUAGGCGUCCACGAGCUGUUGUCCUUUGCCCAACUAGGGAGCUUUCGGAACAGGUAUUUCGUGUGGCAAAGUCCAUCAGUCAUCAUGCACGGUUCAGGACUACUAUGAUAAGUGGUGGUGGUCGGCUACGACCUCAAGAGGACUCACUUAAUCUCCCCAUAGAUAUGGUAGUUGGCACACCAGGAAGGAUUCUACAACAUAUCGAGGAUGGGAAUAUGGUUUAUGGUGAUAUCAAAUACAUAGUGUUGGAUGAGGCAGACACCAUGUUUGAUCGUGGCUUUGGUCCUGAUAUUCGUAAAUUUCUUGGCCCACUCAAGAACCGUGCUUCUAAACCUAAUGACCCUGGGUUCCAAACUAUCUUGGUUGCGGCAACAAUGACCAAGGCAGUUCAAAUGCUCGUUGAUGAGGAGUUCCAAGGCAUUAUACAUUUGCGCACUUCAACUCUACAUAAAAAGGUCGCAUCUGCUCGUCAUGAUUUCAUAAGACUUUCAGGAGCUGAAAACAAGCUGGAAGCACUGUUACAGGUUCUUGAGCCUAGCUUGUCCAAAGGAAAUAAGGUCAUGGUCUUUUGUAAUACUUUGGAUUCAAGUCGCGCUGUUGAUCACUUCCUUAGUGAAAAUCAAAUCUUCACAGUCAAUUACCAUGGAGAAGUCCCAGCAGAGCAAAGGGUUGAGAAUCUCAAAAAGUUCAAAGAUGAAGAUGGUGAUUGUCCCACUUUGGUUUGCACUGAUCUGGCUGCUAGGGGACUGGACUUGGAUGUAGACCAUGUUAUCAUGUUUGACUUUCCUAAGAAUUCUGUUGAUUAUCUCCAUCGAACUGGAAGAACUGCACGUAUGGGUGCAAAAGGGAAAGUGACCUGUUUGGUUGCCAAGAGGGACGUGCCAUUGGCCAAUCGGAUAGAGGAGGCUAUUAAAAAAAAUGAGAGCUUGGAAUCUCUUAGUGUAGAUAGUGUAAGGAGGGAUAUAGCCAGGACACGUAUCACUCAACAGCAAGGAAGUAAUAUCAAAGCGGUUCGGACAUCUACUUUUAAAAACAGCAGCAGAACUGCUUCAGCCAAAUCAGCUGGUGGGCCUGGCAAAAGCAGUGGAAGAACUACUUCAACAAAGUCCGCAGGUCUGCCUGGCAAAAGCAGUGGAAGAGUUACUUCAACAAAGUCCGCAGGUGUGCCUGGCAGAAGCAGUGGCAGAGCUGCUUCAGCAAAGCCUGCAGGGGUGCCUGGCAAAGGGGUAGCUGCUCAGGCAUCUGCAAGGAAAAGCUCAGGUGGAAAAUUUGGAACUGCAAUUAAUCAGUCAAAAGGGAAACCUGAAAAAGUGGCCAGUCAGUUCAAACCUGCAAAGAAAGCUGUCAAGGUUUCACAAUUAACAAGCUCCAGUACCUCAAAGAGAUCUGCAAAGAUCAGUGUGGUUGGGUUCCGAGGACGAAGUUCUUCCCCGGUCACAAAAAAUUAGCUUAAGUUUUUGCCUAGUGUACUUUUUUGCUCUGCAGGGGGAUAGGUGAGUUGUAUGUAAAUUAGGAGAAUUCUUGUGACAUUUACAGGUUUUACAAUCUUUUGAUAUUUUUAUAACAAUUAGCUAUAUGAUAUUGAUUGAAAUUAAUAUAUAGAUUAUUUCAGCGUAAAA